CUGUCAUUUGUGACAACUCGGCUGUGGAACGGAUUACACUUGUACAAGGCCAUAAUAAAACCCAACGAGAAGUUAAGCAACGCGUGUUCAACGACGGAGCACAUUGCUGUGAAAUUCAAACCGUUAGCUACGAAUGUUGUCGUGGAUGGACCAACACGUAUUUUGUUGGUGCUAACUGAUCAGACGUCUCAACUCAAGUUGAGAGAAACACGUAUCACGGAUAUUAAAAUACCAAUAUGGCGGCCGUCAGAAGAGGCAACCUCUCCUGUUGAUGUGACCGAAAUCCUGAGACGAAUGGCAGGCACUCGAGGAGCCGCCAAUAAUGUUCGGAACCUAUGGCUUUUUGCAUGGCAUUACCUUAUGCGCUAUACUGCUACGGAAGCAAGCGUACAGAGAGCCAUAUAUCUUGUUGCUGAGACCACCAGGAAUCUCGAUUUGGGUUUUGCAUCUAAUCCAGCUAUGGCUUUCCCAGUUUAUUCAAUUCGCCUGAAGUCGGGUUUUUUGCCAAACUUGCCUGACGUUAAUUUCGAUGUCAAAGUCUGGGAGGAUCCUAAUAUGAACAUUCAAGAAGCAAUUACAAAUAUUAAUGCUCACAACGUCUACCCGCAUGGCUUUCACCCUGAAAUGUGGUUCAAUUUCAAACUUAAGGACGAUGGAACUUGCGACAUACUGACACUUCUUGGCACCAGUGGUGGCGAUUAUAGUUGUAGUUGCCAUGAAGCGACCCCCGACAUGCGUAUCGCUCGAUUUCUUAGUUUUAUUGCGCCUGGCUCCAGUUUUAGAUUUGGACAUGUAUCGGCAGUCCAUGAAAAUGUGUCCACCGUAGCCGCUUUGCAGUGUAUCGGAACUGCAUGGAUGCAAUCGGCGGCCGGUGCAUCCUGGACAGCUUGGGCUUUGAAAGGGCGUCAGGAUGGCUACACGCAUUGCGAUGCUAUAGUGGACAAAAUGAUUAAUGAAGCUACAAUGCAUCACGUGGCACGAGUUGUCCCUGGUUCAAACUGGGCUAAUUAUGUCAUAUUUUGCUUCGGAGAUGACAGUCGUACAUCAUCAACACUCAUCAGUUGGUGGGCAUUAAAAUACGUCGUGCAGAAGUUGAACUAUAUGAUUCCAGCUCGCAUCGAACGCAGGCAAAGACGAAUGGGUGUGAAAAACAUAAUUGGCCUGUAUUUCAACAGUUCAUCAGAAUGGCAGGCUCUCCAACGAAUGUCUAGUCGAAUAGCGGUGCUUGAAGCAUCUGAUGUCCCAUCGUACGCCAGUACGAGUUCUCGAUCAUCAAAACUGAUUAUGUGCUACACGCACUAUAAUUGGCACCGUUAUCGGGCAAUGUGUGCGGAAUCGAAUUUUCUUAGCAGCAUUAACUGCACUGAUUUGAAGUCUGGUGUCGAUGCCAGCGGUGCUGUCUUUGCAGUUCUAAACUGCUAUCGUUUCGGUGUCGCAGCAGAGCUUUUGGUGUUUUCAACACUGAAUCAACCCGGUACUGUAAUGGAGGAUGUGGCAGUAUUUGAAAGUUCACCAAGAGAUGCUGAAGCAGCAUAG